UCCUUUUUUCUCCUUAGGCUAUCCGGCCAAAUCUAGUUCCCAGGGCUGCAGUAUCCUUAUUUCAAACGUGCCUUUCCUUAUUGCAGCUGCUGUCCUUUAGAGGACAUGGGAUGGUGAAUUCUCACCACCCUGUCGUUCAGGCCUCUUCUCAGACCAGGCUGCAAGCUGGCCACAGGGAAGCUGGAGUGGACAUAUACACACCAUCCAGCAUGACUUGCCCAGAUCAGGCCAGCUGGCAGUGCUAUCUCUACGUACGUAAGCAGGAAACGUGCUUUCCAGAAGUAGGAAGAGUCCAGCUUUGUUCCUGACUGAUUCACCACUUGACUUGGUCCAGGAUAUGGGAAAGCAGAACCACCAAAAGGAGUGAUGACCAACGAUCUCAUGAUAGAUCUGGAUGAUAGUUCUCAUGCCUCAGGAUAUCCAGUUGGGAACUCUCCAGCUCCUGGGAUCAGACUUUCAUCCACUUAAAACCCUUCUUUGCCUGAACUACUAAAACCAGUCCUAGCUAACUACGAAUGGCUACCCAAAGGAAACACUUGGUGAAAGAUUUCAAUCCUUACAUCACCUGUUAUAUCUGUAAAGGGUACCUGAUCAAGCCAACUACAGUGACGGAAUGCCUCCAUACCUUCUGUAAGACUUGUAUUGUCCAGCACUUUGAAGAUAGCAAUGAUUGUCCAAGGUGUGGCAACCAAGUUCAUGAGACAAAUCCAUUAGAAAUGUUGAGGUUGGAUAAUACAUUAGAGGAAAUCAUAUUUAAACUGGUUCCUGGACUACGAGAACAAGAACUUGAGCGUGAAUCUGAAUUUUGGAAGAAAAACAAGCCUCAAGAAAAUGGACAAGAUGACACUUCAAAAGUUGACAAACCUAAAGUAGAUGAAGAAGGUGAUGAAAAUCAAGAUGAUAAAGACUAUCACAGAAGUGACCCACAAAUUGCUAUAUGUCUAGAUUGUUUACGAAAUAAUGGACAAUCAGGGGACAAUGUAGUAAAGGGUUUAAUGAAGAAAUUCAUUCGAUGUUCUACACGAGUAACUGUGGGAACUAUUAAAAAAUUUCUGAGUUUAAAACUAAAGCUUCCAAGUUCUUAUGAGUUGGAUGUGCUGUGCAAUGGUGAAAUUAUGGGGAAGGAUCAUACGAUGGAAUUCAUCUACAUGACAAGAUGGCGACUAAGAGGCGAAAACUUUCGGUGUCUGAACUGCUCAGCCUUGCAAGUCUGCUCUCAGGAUGGCCCUUUAUAUCAGUCAUAUCCCAUGGUAUUGCAAUAUCGACCAAGAAUUGAUUUCGGUUAGACCAAGGGGCCUAGAUCCCACUGAGAUGAAUCCUGCACUAUUUGUUUACUCAUCAACAGAUUGCACAGCGAACGGUGUGUGGACUAGAGGGACACAACAAGAUUUUCCGCAUGCAAAUAAGGCCAUUGUCUGUCUCUACAUUGUCAGUUGCAUUUAUGUUGUUUCUAUUAAGAGCAAACCAAGUGCCAUUCUGCUACUGAACCAUCUGCGUAAGUUAUUUGUGCUGUCUCACAAUGUACAAUACAAGUCAUGGUUGAGAUCAGUUAGGUGUGCAGCCAUGAUUCAGCCUUCUGAAUAUUUUGCUUGCUUGUUCCAAGAUUGUUCUAAUGUUUGAUUACACUAGUAAUAUGGCUCAAUUUUUGUGGUGUUACAGUUUUCACAUAUUUACUAUUUCAUUAAUUCUUGUUUAAAUAGAGUAUUGCACAAGAAACUAAUAAUUAUUCUAUCUCGAAAUUAUUUUGUAUGGGAAAUAUAUUUAGAAAAGUGAUUUUUGAGCCACUGUCCUGUUCUCUGUAAGCUUUUUAUGUGCAAGAUAGUUCAAUCAUUUGGGGAAGAAUUCCAGUUAUUCUUUAACAUGUAGAGCACACUGUAAUCGUAGGCAUUUAAGUCAUCUGUCAGUGUCAUCUACCACUUGGCGCAAGGAGGGCAUGUGAGCCCCCCCAGAUUGAAAACGGAUGUGACUUCUUGGAGAACUGAAAUUGGAUUCACAACCAUUCGAAAUGUUGGCAGCUGAUCACAUUAUUUCUAAUAAAAUUAAUGUGUAAGGUUAAUCAUCUUCAUAAUGCCUUAUGACAAGCGGGUGCUGCUUCAUGAAAUAUUAUUGUAACACCCAUUUUAUGGAUGCAUCAUUACAUUGUUGCUCUCAUUUGAUAAGUACAUUGUUUCUCUCUUUAAGUUGGCCUUAGGUGUGUGUCAUUGUGGCAUGCAGAGGGUGAUGACGAUUUUAAAUACUAGAUUCUUUAGAGCAGAUAACAUUAGCUAUUUUAUGGAUUUCAAAAAUCUCAAAGCAUUUUUAGAUUAAAACUGUUAGUUACUUAUCACAUUUCCAAACCAUUUGCAUAAAAUAGAAUAAAUGCAGUAUAGUAGAUAAAUAUGCUAACCAAAAUUAAUGGUUUGAGGAUAUUUCAUUUUAGAUCCUACAGCAAUCGGGGAAAUGGGAUUACUGUUUUAUACGUAAAUUCAUUAUGGUCAGAGCUAUGAUAAUGUCCUCGAUUUUGCAGUUUUGUUAAGUCUUCCAUUCAUUUUGAGAUUAGUCUACAAGUCAAAGACAGUCUUGUUACCUUAAAUUAUAUAAAGAACUUCAUUUUAAACAUUUUAAAAUUUAUAGUUGUUUUCAGAAAACUUAUUUGGAAAUUGUUUUAUUAAUGUUUCAAAACAGGUUAACCUCUGAAACUUGGGAAGAAACUUUCAAAGUUAGGAAAAAUAUUUGUUCCAGAAAUCUGACAUGAGCACAAUCUGUGUGUUACACACAUAGUUUUUAUACUGUAUACAUGGUAGAUGUGCUACAUUUUCCAGUAAAAUGUAUCACAGAUUAAUGCCUUCUGAAUCUCAAAAUGCUUCUUAGAAAUAAAACACUGUACAACUCUGAGAAACAUACAAAAUACAGCUAAAUCUGGAUGCAUUUCACAAUAUAAAAAGCUGAAAUAUGAUUCUCUUCCAAAUAUCUUUGUUUCAAGUCAAAAAAUCUAUAUUAAAGUUUUCUGUUGGUUUUGUUCUGACUUUUGUAAAAAAGAUUAUGGCAGUACUUUAAUUUUCAUUUUGUUAGAUUGUGUUUGUGCUUAGAAGGGCUCACAAGCAAAAUUUAAAAGGCAGAUUUUUGUGAACUCUUUUUAAAUGGUUGGAACAGACCAUUACACUCAACCAAAAACAAUUACUCUUUAGCUACAGAAAUUAUUUUGUUAUGCUGUGAAAUCCAAUUCACUGACAUCCCUAAGAAAAUUUAAAAUUUAUUAUAAAUUUGUCACAUCCAGGUCAGUGAUUGAAGUAGUGUUUUACAUAUGGAAGUCAAUUUUAAUUGACUCAAUGCAAAAUGCGUUGAGAGUGCAUUUUAAAAAACCACAAAGGAGACCUGCAUGUUUUGGGGUCCUCAGCCAAAACUUACAACCUUAUAUAAGUUUUAUAUACAUGAUCUCUUUAAAUUUGUCCUGUUGCUUCACCAUAUGUAAUUUCACUAUUUUCCAAGGAAAUAGUAUUGGAAGCAAUUAGGAGUUCAGAAUAGUUUAGUGCAUUAACAUUUUUACUGAAAUGCAAUGGAAUAUGUGCCAAAAACAUAUAAAAACCUUAUAUAAAGAAGGACAUCAGUUGUCAUUUGGAGGAAGGUACACAUUUUAUGAUGGUCCUGAGUAAUACGGUAUUACUAUUAGAACCACAAACUUCUUCAACCAACCUCUUUUGAUAUAUUUAACUAUGAUUUUCUAAGUAUGGGACUACUUUCAUAUCUAGUAAUACACUAAAUCCCCAGUUAAUCAUUCCCUAAGCCAGGUUGUGGAAUUUGCAAGAAAACAGGUAUAGAAAAAAAAUACACAGACAACUUUUAUGGCUAGUUUUAUAAACUUAGGGUGCUAGUAAAAUAAACUCUACGUAAAUAGGCUAUAGGAAUAAUCACGUGAAUUUACAAAAUUGGAGACUACAUAAAAUUAAGUUUUUCUUUAAUCUGUUGUUUCUUAAGCAGCAAGCUGAAAGAACUUUUCUUCCAUAAAAGAUUUUGUAAUCUGUUUUCUCUGCCUCAGGUAUCAUACUUGUAAAAAAGGGUCAAGGAACCUUGGAUAUAAAGGCUUGUGGUUUAUAGACAUCACUUUAACUGAAGUAAUCACAUCAGUUAAUAGAAAUAUCAGAAUAUGUCCUUUUUUCUAAAUUAACAAAAUACUUUUAAGAAGUAAAAAAAGUAAACUAGAAAGCUCAUUGAUGAGGUAAUAUUAGCUCAUUCAAUCUGGGGCGCAGGUACCUUGGGUAAUGUCUUUUACCAACUUUUAGAAAAGUAUAUUAUUUCUUUAUUCAUUGAAAAUCUGUCCCAUACUAAUAUGCCACAUUUUAUAAAUGUAAUGAGUUUGCUCAAGUAUAUUAUAUACUCAAAUGUAAUCUAAAUUUAAAUGAUUCUUUAAGAGAAAAAAAAGGAUAUGUUAUAUAAUAUUGUGAACUGUUUAGCUUUAUUGAAAUAUUUAAGAGAAAGUGCCUCAUUGCAACUGUGCAUUUUUGUUUUAGAUUUACUACAUAAAAUUUGAGUUAUAUGUACCUGUCUCUUAUGAAUGAUUUCAUAUUUAAAUAGGCGCUCGUAAGUUAAUCUCUUUUUUAAAGAUUUUCGUAAGAAAAUACAUAUCACCAAAGACAUUUUACUGGUAAUUAAUAACCAUGUUGGAGAGACAGUUUUAACAGUUUGGAGGUUGGAAAUUUUUAGAUUGCAGUUUAAUUUUAUAUUAGGUAAUAACCUUGAAUAAUUGCUAAACUGUCACCAAAGAAAGGUUUUAAACUGAAUUUUCAUAGUGAGCUCAAUCAAGUGCAGUUCUUGCAAUAAUCAGAGCAUUCUUUGUUUCAAAUAUCUUCCUCGUUUUUCCAGCACAUUUGACAGAUCUUAGGAAAUCCUCAAAGGUGAGAAAGAGAUAAACACAACAAACAGCCUCCCUCUGGAUGAAAAGUGGGAGAAAUCUAUACUUUGAAAAGAAAGUUGAAAUUGAGAUUUUAAAUUCUAAUUUGAGAAGCUUUUUAUUCCAUGGAGGCAACGUUAACAAAAAUUAUGCUUAUUUAAGGUUCCUGGGUUCUUAGUAAUAUGAAAAACGUUAUUAAAGACAGACUGGUGAAAGUGCUGACAGGCUUGUGUAGAAAACAGUACCUACUGUUGCACUCAAAUGUCAAUGCCUUUUCUGUAUUCGAAAGCAAAAUUUUCAUAAUGGCCUAUUUUUUUCCUUGAAAAAGUAACUCCUUGUCUUGUUUCUCAGCAAUUACUUUGUUAUUCAUAUUUAGCCAUACAGCCAGAUUUGGCAAAAUGCGUCUCAGAUCCUGAGCAUAUACCUGUAGUUAAGCACUGUGCUUACAUCAUUUUCCCUGGGAGCUCCUCUCAGGGGCCACCUUAGAGGUAAGGCUCCCACUGUGACACCUUUCUGAUAGGCCACCUGGCUAAACCUCCUCGGGGAGGGUAAGAAUGGACGCACUGAAGUAAUUACAUCCUCUGAAGUAAUUUUCUAGUAGGUUAAGCUUUAUACAUUCAGGUGUUGGUUGUAGGGGAAUUGCAGAAAUGAAUGAGUUUGCUAUAACUGUAAUUUCCUGGAUUAGAAACACAAAAACGUGAAAUGAUAUUACUAAGAUAUAUAUCCCUACAAUAAGGAACAUAACAUGUCUGCUAGAUCUGGCUUAUGAAAGAUUAAAAAAUGUUAAAUAUUCUAGAGACUCUUUGAAAACGCAAAAUAGCUAAGCAAUUCUGGAUAUAUUUGAUACAUAUAAUUCAGUAAUGUUUUGAUGGAAAAACAUCAGAUUGAAAGUUCAUUAAAAUACACUUAAAUAUACAUUACAAGAUUUUCAUAAUUUUUUUUCCUACAGCAAUGGCAUUUUCCCAAUAAUUUGAAAGUGAUUCUCUUCCUAGUGUAAUGUGGUUUUCACAAAUAGUGUGUUGACUUGCUAUUCUAUGUUUUCAAACAAUUAAAAUGCUUGAGCACUUCCUUUUCAGAAAGUUACGAAAUUAAACUUAAAAAUAAUUUAUUUUAAAUGCUCAUUAAAAUGUGUCUGUAUACCUGUUAUACCCCUUUUCUAGAAUUCCACACUGAGACAUUGCUCAGAAAUGCUUUUUUAAUUUUAAUUAUCUUUAAAUCUAGAAUCGAGUGAAACUGAUACAUGUUAAAUACUAGGCCUAGUUUUCUUCCAUCUUUCAGAGCUUCAUGGAAUAAGAAAUUAACCUAGUAGUAUAAAUGAGAUGAACUAUUUCUGGGCAACAUAGAGAUAGUAAGCAGAUUAUUCACAGACUUCACAUCGGUCCACUGAGCAGGAGCUGUACAUAUUAGAAAUGUAAUGGGAUCAGCCUACUAUUGUUUGGGGUCAGUUUUCUUUUGCUGUAUUUUUUAGAAUGGGGAUGGGGGCCUAAGUGUCCUUAUGAGCUGUGGUCCACGACAGGAGCCUGUGAGGAGAACACCGGGGCUCUGCUGCUUUCCUGCGUCUGGCAACACAACCGCAAGCACCAGUUCUUCCUAGAGUAGCCCUCACGUUCCAUAAAACCGUCAUAGGAUACACUGUACAGUUAGGUUGCUCAUUUUCCUUUGAAAUAUAAAAUAUUUUAAGCUUUUUUUGUCAAAAGUGGUAACAUCUUAAUACAAAGAAAAACCUUUUUGUGGUUGUAAGAUUUAGCUUAUAAAUCAUUCAAAUUGAAGUGAAAGAUUACAGGUCAUUGUUAAUGACUUAGUCUAUUAAGAAUAUAUGUAUUUUUGUAAAGGAAAAGCACUUGUAGAUAUUUAAUCAGUACAAGAUAUAUGUCUGUUUUGCAGAAAUAAAAUGCUGCUUAGAGAUUCUCUAAAUAUUUUUUAUUUUUGUGCUCAAAUGUAUUUUCUGUUGAUCUAUGGAAUGUUCUGUACAAAGCUGUAUGGUCGUACUGUUGGGCUAGAUACUUUUGUUUUUUAAAAUCUGGACUUAGCCAAGUAUAUUUGACCAUGUUAAAAAUAGUAUCUUUGUUAUUAAAAACUUGA